AUGUCGAGCACCACCCCAUCACCAGAGGCUAAUGCCGCUCUGGAGAUCUCAUGCGACGUUCACACUGUACUUUUCGACAUGGACGGUACCCUCAUCGACUCUACACCCGCAGUCAAUGCCACUUGGCGGGAGACAUGCGACAGGUUUGGACUCGACUACGACGAGGUGGUGAGCAGAGCAUUCGGCAGCUGACAGUCCCCGCGUAGCUUCCGAACUGGCGCACCACGCGCCGAAGGCUGACUCCGUGCUUUCUUCGUGGUGUGACAUCGAUACAGCUCAAGACUUGUCAUGGAUGGAGGACGAUCGAGAAUCUGGCCAGGUUUGUCCCUUCUAUCCCAGCAGCAGACAUGCCUAAAGAGGUGACCAUCUUCGAGGGCAGGAUCAGUGAAAUCGCUCAAGAUUGCUUGGAUGGGAAGAGGCAGGACGGCAGGAUCGACGCUAUGCCUGGAGCCAAGGAGCUGCUACGAGACGUGAGUAGACGGACUCUUACGGACGGUGCUGUACCGGUCCGAGUCGAUGGUGCAGCUCGUCGAUGCUGUGCUGUGCAUUGCAUCGAGAAGCGGCACUACGUCAGACUUGCUCGCACGGGAGCUUGAUUGUUAUGCAGCUGUGUGCUGAACAGCAAGAAGAGCGUGGACAGCAGAGCACUGACGCAGAGGUCUCUCGCUUGCUCAAACAGAUUAGCGCUGGCCGCAGUGAAAGUCCAACGCGAAGGGCUGGUUGGGCCAUCGUCACGUCAGCAACGGCCGCAUACGCUCAUGUCGGCUUCGCCUCGUCUCGAGUGUCCGCGCCACCAGAGAUCUUCAUCACGGGCGACAUCUGUGCGCGAGGCAAGCCGGAUCCCUUCCCCUACUUGCUCGGAGCGGAGAAAGCCUUGGCACCUCCUCAGCAGUGCGUCGUCGUGGAAGAUGCCCCCGCUGGAGUCAGGUCUGGCAAAGCUUCUGGUGCUAGAGUGCUGGGACUAUGCACCACACAUUCAGAACGGAGCAUGUGGGAAGCCGGGGCUGAUUGGGUAGUUCAAGACUUGAGGGACGUCAGCGCCAAAUGGCAGGGAGAUGGUCCCGCUGCAAAGCUGACGCUCAAAAUUGCGUCCAAGGCGGCUCCCACCGAUGUGACCCAAACGACGGGCGGCAAAGCUUGA